GGGGGUCUUGGCAAAGCAAAGCCACUCACACACUGUGAGAUCCGCCACGCUUUAUCAUCGUAGCAGAGUCUGGUCAAUUUUCUCUUUAUACAGUAUUUGCCCCUGACCUCGAUAGAAUCGAAGCGAAAACCAAGCCCCGAACGAAUGUCGAACCUUAGGUACUUUCUCCGUAGGACCGUGGCUCCCUUAAGGAAUCAUAUCCACCCAAGCUCUCCGUACACAGCUCCGAACAGUGGUUUGCAAGAAAAGCUUUCCUGAGGAACAUUUUGAGGUUGGUUGAAAACUUUGAGAGCUUCUGAUGAUGCCGCAUAAUCAGCGGUGAAAGUCGGUACUUUUUGUCCAGUUGUCACGAGGCAGACGGAGAGAAUCACCCUGUGAAUGAAUCUACGCGACCGGAUUCAUCAACGAGAGAGGUGAAAAAAGAGACUUGAUGCUCUGCAGCAAGUUACAUAUUGGCCAAAAGAUAGGUGCCAGGUACUGUGCCUCAAAAGCACUCGCACAUUUUGUUUCUCCAGCCAGCCAGACAUUUCACAGUUUGCAUCGCAUCACAUUAGUUACGACAUGGCAUCAACAUCUGGAGAGGGUGCAAACCAGACGAAUGAGGAGGAGGAGGAGAAGAACGAGAAGAACGAGAAGAAGAAGUUCCGACUCAAGGACCUCGUAGCAUACUGGCCCAAACUAUUUCCCCAUCGACCCCGAAGAGAAUGUGAGAUUUGCUGCGAAAGGAAGCUGCACAAAGCGUUUUCGCACCACAAAUACAUCCCUUACGAAUGCCGCCCUCACUUGCAGACAUUUUGUCUCUCAUGCAUUCGAUCCUCUCUGAGUGCACAACUCGAUACAAAACCUGUGCUGGCCAUGGGUUGUCCUCAAUGCGCUGUGCCCUGGAAUUGGGAAUACUCGAUCUUGCUGCUGGGAUACAAGGACAGGAAAAAAUAUCGACGACUGAACUUGUUGGCGCAGGGUCGCGUUUUUGUUCCUGCGCCAAAGGAUAUGCCCGAGGCGGCGACUUUGGAUUUUUUGUUGGACACGGGCGUCAGGCUGUGUCCGUGGUGUCAGUUUCCUUUUUGUAAAGAGGGAGGGUGCGAUCAUAUGUCUUGUUCCAAGUGCGCACAGGCUUUCACGUUGAGCUACGCUCCUGUAUUGGGAGAUGAACAUGGUCGUCGCGCACGACCUCCGUUGUGUGAUGUGAGGGUUCACGUCAAUGGAUUGGAAGAUGAUUGAAGUCCUUCUCCACUACAUGAGAGUAGCACGUUGCGCACUUCUGGGCGCUGGGUAGGACGUAGUGGCGAACAUGCAGCUGGAUGGUCCAGACACAGUGACGGCAAUUUGCCGAAGGAACUUUCUCGAUUGGGAAACAAUUCUUCCGCAUGUACCUGAUACAUGUAUUUUAGAAACAUACCUACCACAAUAGGGUGAUAUAGGUCUGGCUCCAAGCAAGGGACGAAACUGGAAUGUUCAGAGCAGCCUGGCCCUGCAGCCAUACAGUAACAGGAGACAGACUGAAUUCAAUAUUGGCG